AUGGCAUCGACUUCUGUAGAUCUCCUCAUUGCAGGCGCAGGUCCAACUGGACUUGGUGCAGCUAAGCGUGCCCAAGAGCAAAAGGCGAAUUUUGUACUCGUUGAUAAAGCAGCAGAAGCAGGUGGAUUAGCUUCUACAGCUAAAACGGAUCAAGGAUUCCUCUUCGACGUCGGUGGACACGUCAUAUUCUCACAUUACGCAUACUUCGACGAUGUUAUUCACGAGGCUCUCCCAAAUGAAUCUGAUUGGUUCACCCAUGAACGUGUUUCCUAUGUUAAGUCUAGAGGCAAAUGGGUACCAUAUCCAUACCAGAACAACAUAUCAGUCAUUCCAAUUGAAGACCAGUCAAAGGCUAUUGACGGUCUCAUUGAUGCUGCAGUCACUCGCGCCCAGACUCCUCACAUCAAGCCUAAGACUUUUGACGAAUGGAUCGUUAGACAGAUGGGUGAGGGUAUCGCUGAUAUCUUUAUGCGUCCAUACAACUACAAAGUCUGGGCCGUACCAACAACACACAUGCAAUGCAAUUGGCUUGGUGAGCGUGUUGCUGCGCCUAAUCCAAAGCUCGUGAUUCAGAACGUCUUACAUAAGCGUACUGCCGGUAACUGGGGUCCUAAUGCUACAUUCAAAUUCCCUGCUCGUGACGGUACUGGUGGUAUUUGGAAGGCGGUUGCCAAGACUGUCUCGCCAAACUACUUGCGUUUCGGUGAAGAGAAUGGUAUCAUUUCAAUAGACGCAAAGGGUAAAACAGUCUCACUCAAGUCAGGUGAGACUAUCAAAUACAAGAAGUUCAUUUCAACAAUGCCAAUCGAUUACACAUUAUCAAUUACCAAGAAUGUUGAUGGUAUUGAUGGCGCUAAGAAAGCUGCAAAUGAUGGUUUGGUUUACUCAUCCACUCACGUCGUCGGUGUCGGCUACAGAGGCGUGCCACCACCAGACAUCAAGGGAAUGUGCUGGUUGUACUUCCCAGAAAAUGACUGUCCAUUCUACAGAUGUACUGUCUUCUCGCUCUACUCGCCAUAUAACGUACCAGGCGAAUCUCACAAGACCAAGACAAUCCAAAUGUCAGACAACUCAAAGCCAGUGACUGACAAAUCAGAGCGUCCAGGUCCUUACUGGUCACUCAUGUUUGAAAUUUCAGAGUCACAUAUGAAACCCGUAAACCACGACACAAUAAUACAAGACACGAUAAAGGGUGCUGUUGCGACUGGUAUGUCUAGAGGAGAUGAUGAAGUGGUCUCCAUCUACCACGAGCGUUUCGACCAUGGAUACCCGACACCAUCAUUGGGUAGAGAUGAUGCUCUCAAGCAGAUAUUACCUGUGCUCGACCACCACGACAUACUUUCUAGAGGUAGAUUUGGUUCUUGGAAGUAUGAAGUAGGCAAUCAAGAUCACUCAUUUAUGCUCGGUGUUGAGGCUGCAGAUUACGCUUUGUAUGGUGUGCCUGAGAUGACGCUCAAUUACCCAGACAUCAUCAACGGAAAACCAAACAAGGAACGUCGUCUGAAUAGGGAGAUGUAA